AUGGCGGAAGACGACAACUCACCUCCGAUCACUAUUGCAUCAAUGCGCGCAAUUCGAGAAAAGAAGCGGCAGCUGGUAGCUCAGCCACCCCCGAGUCCCUUCGAGCUUACACAUCGAUUUCCUGACGCCCAGACGCCGAUAGAGGAAGAGAUUGGAGAAGCCGCAGGCCCUUCCCUGCAUACACAUCCUGGGCUGGAAUGGGUCGCAGUCAUCAAGCAAGAAGACGAGGAAGAAUACGGGAACACUGCUGAACUUGGACAUGAUAUCGGAUGCCCUACGCUCAACGAUAGACUUGUAUCCGCUCAUGACAAAUCUGAUAACAGGGAUAUCAGAAGCAUCAUCGCCGCGUUGCACCGCAUAAGUGAGCCUUCGGAAUUGACUAAAACGCAAGCGAAGAAAUUCCGCCAGAAGAAGCAACAAGGUUUAGCUCUUCUCCAAGAUGUCAUGGUGCAAGGGCGGAUUGAGCGAGGACUGCCAGUAACACCUUGUCUCACAAAAACCACUGCGAAGAAUGCCGGCAUAGCGGAAGAUGAAGUCGUCGAAGAGCUUUGCAGAUCAUCUGGCACAUUGACACCCGCAGAGCAUGCUCGCUCGUUGCUCCUUCACCCAGAAGACAUAACAAUGGCAGAUGUGCAAGCACUCGGUCAACAAGUCAAGCACAUAAACAAAGCGCAGAGAAAAGUAUCAAAGCUUCUUGAAACCGGUGAAAGGCGACAAGCAGGGACAAAGAUGUACAGAUGGCUCGAAGGCGGGGUGCAGAAGCAUCUUCAGGUGCUACAUGCUCAAGCACACCAGUUCGGAGCAGGUCGCCCGCUUAUGAACAAGCCGGAUCGAGAGGAUUCAGAAUCUGCAUUAUGCGGGGUUGUGCUCGGUAAACGCCCGGCGCCACUGUCUCAACUAUUCCGCAAUCGAGGCUAUACUGAGAGGUUCCCUCUUGGAUCGAUUUCUGAGAUUGGGAGCAGUGUUGCUGAAGAUGCGGACCCGGCCCUAAUUGCGAUGUGGAAGAUUGUACCUGACCUCUGGAAGGAUGCUAUGCAGGACAUCGAGACUCAGAUUGUUUUUCCAACCGUCGCCGAAUAUCUGGGUGUCGUUAAGCGACGCAAACUGGGCACUUUUGCGACUGCGCAUGAUACGAGCAUCGGAAAAGGUACCGUGACUGAAGAGAAGGUGCCGAGCAGUUUCUCGAUCAAGGCCCAAAUGGAGAAUUGCGACACCGCCGUCCACGGUUCUGUGCGUAGCGACGCCUAUAUCACCAUCUUCAAAGCCCUGAGCGCCCUGCUUUCACUUGAUCGUGACAUGACCAAGGUGGAAGACAGCAAGGCACAUGGUUCAAAAGGCAGAUGGACGUGCUUGUUCAAGAAAGCGAUGAACGAGAUGUGCAAGUGGCCAGCUGAAGGUGAAGCAGGACAGUACGCAUGCGACUGGUGUAUGAGACAUCGCCGUCCUUGCGUCAUCGCCAUCAAGGGUGUCUCCUCAGUUGCCCCAUUGGCUCCUAGUUUGAGGAUGGGUCGUGGACUGGGUGAGAGGGAAUACUGCGUGUUGCCCGAAGGGGCUGUCAAAGUGAAGCCAAGGUUCUUCUUGUGA